GGUAAAUAUAUGUCUAUUGUUAUGGAACUUGGAGGUAGAAAUCUGUAUAAUUAUUAUGAUAGAAGUAAUUUGAUAAUUAGAAGACAUGAUGGAGGAGAUCUUGAAAUUUUUAGCGAUGAACGCAAAGGUGUUCUUGGAAAUAUUCUUAAAUGUGCUGCAAAAGCUCUUCAACAAUUCCAUAACUGUAAAGAUUAA